AUUAAAUACAAUAUUAAAUAAAGAACUUGCGUCUUUAUUUCUCUAAAAUUCAAAUUACCAUAUUAAUAACAAAUAAAACUGCCUGUAAAAUUGUUAACUAGAUAGGAAGAAUGAAAACUAAUUACAAACAUCACUUAACGUUUAAAGUUUAAAAUAUUUAUUAAAAAUAAUUAACAAAUUUUAUACAAAUAAUGUGCUGUACAAUUAAUACAAUUUAUUUUCAUUUUGUUAAAGAUUAUUUGUUUUAUUAGUGUGUGUCCAGGCUCGGAUAACACAUCACAUCGAGGCACAACACAAACAAGCGUUGGCACGUCGACCACUGGGUGAAAUGAACAGUGCCGAACAUCAAAUGAUUGUGGAUUCACCACGAAAACCAAUGCAAAACAAUUCAAUUACAUCGAAUGGUCGACCGAUUGAAUCGUCCGAAGAUUACCAGAAGAAUCUACGUGCGUUGAAAGAACAAUUAACAAAGUUGUUGUUAACAAAACCAGGUCGUGAACAUGGCAACUUUGGUGAUGAUAUAACAGAUCCAGCAGCGCAACCAGUCGUCUGGGUAUCCAAAUGGCUUGAUUAUUCUGAUAAACAUGGUUUUGGGUAUCAGUUGUGCGACGAAGGUGUUGGAGUUAUGUACAACGAUACCACUAAAUUAAUUAUGUUGGCCAAUGGAUUGAAUGUUCAUUACAUUGAUAAAGAUGGCGUUGAACAUUACAUGACGGUGGACGAUUAUCCAGCAUAUUUGAAGAAGAAAAUGAAAUUAUUAUCAUAUUUCCAUCGAUACAUGCGUGAACAUUUAAUGAAAGCUGGAGCACAGAUCAAAGUUAAAGAAUCUGAUUCAUUGUCACGAAUACCACAUUUACAUCAAUGGUGUAGCACUGAAUCCGCUGUAGUUAUGCAUCUCACAAAUGGAACUGUUCAGGUGAAUUUCUUGGAUCAUACAAAAAUAAUAAUGUGUCCAUUAAUGUCAGCCGUCACAUACAUCGAUAAUGAAAAGAACUUCCGUACGUAUCGUUUCCAAACCAUCGAGGAGCAUGGAUGUAGCGUUCAUUUAGCACGUAAUUUACGUUAUGCCCUUGAGCAAAUUAAUAAUUUACUUAGCAAAUGAAGAAUC